CAUUGUGAAUAAAUUUAAAGUGUAUAUAAAAUAAGGAACAUGAAUAGUUCGUCGAAAAGUGAUCUUGCCAUGUCUGUCUCAAGCUCAAACCUGUCUUAUGACUCCGUAGAUAAGAUUGUAAGGAAAUAUUGUCAAUCCCGAAACACUAGCCUAAAUUAUAACCAAAAUCACGAAAUAAAGCGAAACAAAGUCUCACUCUAUAAUUCUCUAUCAAAUAUUAAUAAAAUAGAAAUCUCUCCGUAUUAUGUUGGUUAUUCUGAAAAUAAAAAGCACGAAAUUGAAACAAAUUUACAAUAUUUAAUCCAAAAGUGUUGCAAUACCCGUGGCUACACCAUUGAAAGAAAUAGUGAAAUUAAUUUAAAUAUGCCUUGUCAACAAACUCAAACGCAAGUAAAUAGAUCAAAUUUCGAUAGUUUAUCACGUUCAGAUAAAGCAACAUACUGCCGACCAGUUUUAAAUUUAUACAACCAAGAGUUUAUUUACAAAACGAUCGAAAGAAAUGUAAAAUUACAACGGUUACUUCAGAAAAUUUUAGUGACAUAUCAAAGAAAGAAACGAAAUGUGGCCUGGAAUAAUUUUAUUUCCGAAUUGAGGAAUAAACAUCAGGAAACAAAACAUUGUAUGAAAGAUUGUCUUCCAAAUGAUACGAGAUUGCUACAGGAAGUUAUAAAUGAUGAAGAUGAUUAUUAUAAUAUUAUUAAUACAAAAUUUUCAUGGACACAGUCCAACUUAUGCAAAAAUUUAAUGGAUGACAUUUAUGGCGAAAAUUCUUGCCAACAUUAUUUCAACAAUACAAAUAAAAUGAAUAGAGGUCGAAAUAAUAAUACAUUACAGCAGUUUACAUACAAAAGUGAUUCAUUAUGUUACCCAACAUCAUCUCAAGGUAGAAUGAUGAUAUUGCAAAGAGAACUUGCUAAAAAGAAAAGUACACGUAAAACUAGUUACAAACCAAAUAAAGAUAAAUAUAAUAAAGUUAGCAACCAAAAUAUGGCCAUGCUUUUGAAUUCAAGACCGUGCAGCUGUCAUAACAACUUCAAGAAUGCACAGACAAGCUUUUGUGAAGAUGAAAUCAUAAAAAAUAAUAUUAUUAAAAAAGAUUGUUGUACUGAAAUAGAGCAAAGUACAAAAGACAAAUUAAAUACAUUAUCAGAUAAUAUCAAAAUAUUAAAGGAAAAAGUUCUGCAAUCAGAAAAUGAUGUAAACGAAAUAUCACUUCAGAAUAUUGAGGCUAAACUAGAAACACUUAUUAAUUCAAUAAAUAUAUUAUUGGAUGGAAUUCAUUCAAAAAAGAAAAAACCUAUGAUGUGCCUAUGCAAUUCAAAAAGAGUUUCGAAUUUAGAUUUCAGUACUCAAUGUGAAGCGGUUUCUUUGGAAAUAAAUAACCCUGGUAACCGUUUUAGAACUCAAAACGUUCAGAAAACAUUGUAUUCUACAGAUAAAUAUAAUUUUGAGUGUGAGAAUCCUGAUGUAUCUAGAUUAAAAGAAAUAUUUUCAAGGGAACUAAAGAGCGAGGAUUUGAAUGAUAACAAAAUAUCAGAACAAAAUCAUUUUGAAAUACCGACCCGCGAAUGUUGUUCUGCAAUAACUACAUCAUCUAAAGCAAAUCUGGAUUUAAGAAACCCAAUAAAUGUAAAGAAAAAUUUGCACGACAAUAACAAUGUAACGAAAGAACGUAUGACGAUUGCAAUAAACACUGAUCCUCUCAGCUUUCUAUCACUGAUCCGAGUAUCUACAGAGACAAUGAAGCAUUUCCUAUCACAUAUUCCGAGUUUUGAUUAUUGUUAUUAUAUUUCUAUGUUAACGUUGCCGAACCAUACAAAAAGUAUUAAAUAUAGUUACGUCUGCAAUAUAUGCGGUGCCAAUUUCGACAAACCCUCUGAGCUGAGUGAUCAUAUCGCUCAGCAUGACUUGGUGAAAUCAAAAGACUGCUGUGUAUGCCGCCACGUGCUAGACGUGGCUAGCAAGCAGUCUGGUCUGUUCCGCUGUCGAUACUGUGGCCAGUGCUUCGCGAGAGCCUACUGCUGCGAGCUGCAUCAGAAGAGCUGUGCUGUUCGCUCUGGCAGGAGACACGACGUUAAUUCCGAAUUGCUGAUCUUAAAAUGAUUGCACUUGUCUUGUCUACUUAUUAACUUGUUUUGUUUAGCUAUAAAUGCAGAAAAAAUGUAUUGUUUGUGUUAUUUUAAACUAAAUUUUUACCAGGUGAGGUCCGUGACGAAUGUUAUAAAAAACUAAUGUAUGUUAUGUUACCUCUUAAAAAUAAUUUUCUACGAAAACUUCAUAAUAAAUCUGUGUAUAAUCUCUCCUUU